AGGCGAGCUUCGGGCGCGCCGAGGAAAACGAGAUAUUCCGCGAUGAUGGCGGGCAGAUCUGCGAUGUUGGUGGUGCUGUUUGGCCUCAUUGCCCUCUGCGGCCCGGCCUCAUUGGCGGCGGGCGAAGAGAUCCACACCAAACACGGCCUCGGUAAGUCGGCACACCAUUGGCUGCCUGUGGGAGAUCCGAUGGGAAGAUCCCAUGUGUGUGUGUGGAAACGGGUGUGUGUGCAGGCGCGGGUGCGUGCGAGGAGAAGGACUGCGCCAUCGGUGGAGAAUUCGUCGGCGGGUGAGGGAAAUGAAUGGAUGGAUGGAUGGACAGAUCCCUCCUCGUGUGUGUCUGUGUCCAUCUCGCGUGUUUGCAGGCAGCCGACCAAAUGCUACCUGGUGAGUGCAGCAUCAUCUCGUUGGGAAACAGCAGCCGACGGAUGGAUGUGUUGUACAUGUGUGUGGUGGGUGGGUGCAGCGUGGGGGGGCCACAUCCAAGGGUGUGCCAGCGGCGGGUUCCGCACAGGUCGUAGACGUUGUGUGUCCCACGGAAUAUAUAUGCGGGAAAAACUGCGACGAAUAUUGCGUAUUCAACGCCAUGAAGUAUGGCAAUGGCUACCUCAUUGUAAGGGAUGAUGAAUGCAGAGAAAAUCGUCAACGGGUGUUGCCUGCCUGCCUGCCUGCCUGUAGGUUGGCACGGAGUACAAGAAGGAGGGGCAGAUUGACCCGCCGGAUGCCACGGAUGGCAUUCCCGAAUGCACAUACCUCACGAUCAGCACGGUCGAAAAACACGGGCAACUACACGCGAAGUACUGAGCAAGCUGGUACGCGUGACAGGCGACAUGACGAAAGAAGUGUGUAUAUGAGUAUGUCGUGUGUAUGCGUGUCGUGUGUUGUGCGAUGUGUCCCUCUUCUCCCAUCUCAUGCCAUCCCAUGCAGCCCACACACCGCACCAUUCCUUUCAGACGGGCGGGAUACAGACACAGACGGACACUGGGAGUUUCACACACGGGGGGACACACAGAGUUUUAAUGGUCCUUCUGCAAUGUCUGUGUGUGAUUUGUGCGAUCCCAUCGUCCGUCUGUCUGUCUCUCUGUCUGUCUGUCUGUCUGUCUGGCUACCUGUCCGGCUGCGCAUUGAUGGAUAAAUGUGUGUGUGUGUCGUCUGUCUGUCUUUCUGGCGUGGGUGGUGUUGGCCGCGCACGUCCAUGGCCUGGCUGCAGCGUUGCCUUGUACAUGGACACACCGAUGGAUGGAUGUGUUGCAUUCACUUAUUCAUGGACACCACACACACCUAUCUGGAUGGAUGGAUGGAUGGACCGUUUCCUUUCCUCUUUUCCAUGAAGCGCUCCACUCGGACAGAUUGACAUACGC